UUUCAGUGCGAGAGUGCUGUGUAUGUGGCCAGCUAGGACAGAAGAAGAGAAAGGAGAAAUAUUCUUGAAGUAUUUUGAAGAAAACCGACCAUCUUUAAAAACAGAAUGUCUAAGAAGAAUUCUACCAUGCUUGAAGAAAUCAGCCAUCUUUCCCAGCAUUAUGAAGAAAAAGUGCGACCCUGCAUUGACUUGGUGGAUUCCCUGAGGUCCUUGGGAGUGGAGCAGGACCUGGCUCUACCCGCCAUUGCGGUCAUAGGAGACCAGAGCUCAGGAAAGAGCUCUGUGCUUGAAGCUCUCUCAGGAGUGGCAUUGCCAAGGGGCACUGGCAUUGUUACACGCUGCCCGUUGGUACUGAAGCUGAAGAGAGUUAAAAAUGGUGCUCGCUGGUAUGGAAUGCUUUCAUACCAGAACCAUAUCAAAGUGGAGCUGAAAAACCAGGCUGAAGUGGGGGACGCCGUUAAAAAAGCUCAGAAUGCUCUUGCUGGAGAAGGAAAAGACAUCAGUCAUGAGAUGAUUAACCUGGAGAUCCAUUCCACCAGUGUACCUGAUCUGACUCUUAUUGAUCUGCCUGGCAUUGCUAGAGUUGCCACAGGUAACCAGUCCCAGGACAUUGAAGAACAGAUUAAAAAACUGAUAGAAAAGUUCAUUAAGAAGCAAGAGACGAUCAAUUUGGUUGUGGUACCUGCAAAUGUUGACAUUGCUACCACAGAGGCCCUGAAGAUGGCUAAAACAGUGGAUCCUCAUGGGGAGAGGACUCUAGGGAUCCUAACAAAACCUGACUUGGUGGACAAAGGGGCGGAGGAGAGUGUUGUCAAUACUGUCAACAAUCUUGUCAUCCCACUCAAGAAAGGCUACAUGGUGGUGAAGUGUAGAGGCCAGAGGGAUAUCAAUGAUAACAUGUCUCUGGCCAAAGCACUGGACAAGGAGAAGAAGUUCUUUGAAAACCACACCCACCUCCGCUCUUGUCUGGAUGAAGGGAAAGCCACUAUUCCUCACCUUUCAGAACGACUAACCAAUGAACUGGUGUCUCACAUCAAAAGAUCCCUUCCCCAAUUGGAGAAACAGAUUAAAGAUAAACUGGAGAAGGCUGUUACAGAGCUGAGGAGGCUGGGAGAUGGAGUCCCUCAAGAUGAGGCUGAAAGGGCCAACUUCCUCAUUGAGAAAAUUAACAGCUUCAACCAGGUUCUCACAGACAUGGUUAGGGCAGAGGAGGAGGUUGGAGACUCCCAGACAAGAGUUUUUACAAACAUUCGGAAAAUGUUCAAAAAAUGGAAGACAGAUCUUGACAGUAAAGCCACCGAAUUAGAGGAGUAUUUACGUGAUGAGGUAGAGGAUUACAACGUAGCUCACAGAGGCAAAGAGCUACCUGGCUUUGUUAACUACAGGACAUUUGAAACCAUUGUCAGAAGACAUGUGGAGGACUUAGAGGAACCGGCGAUGAAUCUCCUGCAAGCUACCACAGAUAUCAUCGCCACUGCUGUGAAUCAAACCACCAGCACCUUUUUUGAAGCUUAUCCCAGUCUGAUGAGAGCCGCUAAGGAUCCACUGGAGGACCUCAGAGAACAGGAGUUUGAAAGGGCAGAGGAGAGACUGAAGUCACAGUUUAAGAUGGAGAGAAUCAUUUAUUCCCAAGAUGGCCUCUACAGCCGCCAUUUAGAUGCUGUCAAAGCGAGACAGCAAUCUACUGAAUCUACUAAUCUCCCUGCCCUGCAUGCUGUCCAGCCUGUCAAUGCAGACAUUCGUGAGAUGGCUCAACAUCUAACCGCCUACUACAUGAUCACCUCCGAUAGACUGGCCAAUCAGGUGCCCCUGAUUGUGCUGUACCACAUGUUGGAGCAGUACACUGUUAAUGUGAAGGCUGCCAUGUCAGGCAUGAUCAGACACAAAGAUGCAGACAGUUUUGUCCAGGAGAAGGGAGACAUCGCCCGGAAGAGGACGUAUCUGUCAGGGCGAAUUGAGAGAUUGAAGAAGGCCCGUCAAGUUCUGGCCAAGUCUGUGCCUGAUAUAUAGAUGUCAAAGGUGUUUAGAACGUAUGAGUCUUUUCCUAGUUCUAUCAGAAUACCUGUUUGUUUGUUUGUUUGUUUGUUUGUUUGUUUGUUUGUUUGUUAGUUAGUUUGUUUAGUUUUUAAAUCUCUGUUACACUCAGCAUUCAUUGCAAUUGUUAAUUUUAUGUUUUCACUGUAGUGACCCAAGUCUGUUGUGAAAUGCAGUUGCUGAAUUUAUUGUCUUACUGUUUAUUAUCUCUGUUACUUCUGCCAUGUUAUAUCAGAACAUAAUUUAAGAGAAAUUGUCUUGAAAGGAAAACAUUUAUUAGCAAUAAAAUGAUUCAGUAAACCAGCA